AAUCCCUCGUCGCCCCUGACCCGAGAGCAGAGCGCUCUCCCUGUUUCACCGAAAUCUCGCCUUCGCCACCCCGCUCCACUCUUCUCCCUCCUCUCGCUGAUGAUCUCCGGUCUCCAAUGGCAGACUCCUGAGGGUUUGGAAAUGCGCCCCCCCUUUUGGGUUUUGGCUGGGUUUUGAUUGCUCGCGGUGUGACGGGUAGUGCUACGGGGAGUGCUAGCUCCAUAGUGGAGGUGGAAGAGCGUUAUGGAUUCGAAAGGAGAUGGCGCAGCGAUCACGCCAUUGCGGACCAGUGAUCGGCUCCGUCAGCGGCCUAAGUAUUUUGGCCGGCCUUAUUUGUACUACAAGCCUGUGAUAAGGAAGAAGAUGAAAUCUAAGAAGAGGACUGCUGCUUCCCAGAUUGCUAAGAAGUUGCUCCGGCCUAGAAACCGCUCUGUUCAGAUGCCUCCUUCGGAUUCUGUUGCAACAAACUUACGCCGCUCUACGAGAAAAAGAAAGAUGUCAAUAAACCUGGAAGACUAUGAGACAGACACUUCAGGAACAGAAGAUGAUGAUUUAAUGACUCCCAGGUAUCGUUCUUCAAGAAACAAGGCAGAGAACAAUGUUAGCCAUGAUGAAGUAUUGGGUCCGAGGAAUAAAAAGAUCACAAAUACUAAUUCCCUUCCACGCCGUGAGGGUUUACGUCCUAGAAGAUUGUUGAGUGGGGGAAGAGCACAACUAUAUCAAGAAUCAGAAGAAGACCAGGAGAGCUCUGAAGAGCAGGCUGCCCAAGAUGAGACUGAAAAUGGUAAUGAUGCAGAGGAGGAUAUUGGAAAUGAAGAGGAUGGUGAUGGGGGAGAUGAAGUAGCAGAAGAUGGGGAUGAUGAAGAUGGUGAAGAAGAGCAAGAAGGAAGGAGACGAUAUGACUUACGGAACCGUGCUGAGGUUCGUAGACUAUCAAGUGAAAAGGAUGGACAACAGAGACCCCGAUCCCCUCGUAGAGUACUUCAUCAUGGAAUGGGCUCCAAAAGCAAUAGAUAUCUAAGAAGAGGUGGAUCUCGGGUACAUAGACGACAUCGUUUGUCAUUACCCGAUGAUUCUGAUGACUCUCUUCUAGUGGAUGAAAUGGAUCAAGGUCCCUCUAUUCCUUGGACACGAAAUGGAAGUAGAAGUGGGACACCGUGGCUCUUAGGUGGUCUAGACAUGCAUGGUGCAACAGCAUGGGGACUAAAUGUUGCUGCAUCUGGAUGGGGUUUUCAGGGUGACAAUAUUGCUUCUCUAACUACAGGUGUUCAAACCGCCGGGCCAAGUUCAAAGGGAGGGGCAGACAUUCAGCCAUUGCAAGUUGAUGAAAGUGUGAGCUUUGAAGAUAUAGGAGGUCUAUCAGAGUAUAUUGAUGCAUUAAAGGAAAUGGUAUUCUUUCCCUUACUGUAUCCUGAUUUCUUUGCCAAAUAUCACAUAACUCCUCCAAGAGGAGUGUUGCUUUGUGGUCCUCCUGGCACUGGGAAAACAUUAAUAGCUAGGGCAUUAGCAUGUGCUGCUUCAAAGGCUGGUCAGAAGGUUAGCUUUUACAUGCGUAAGGGAGCUGAUGUUCUCAGUAAAUGGGUUGGAGAGGCUGAAAGACAGUUAAAACUGCUUUUUGAAGAAGCUCAAAGAAAUCAGCCAUCAAUUAUCUUCUUUGAUGAGAUAGAUGGCCUUGCGCCAGUUAGAUCUAGCAAACAAGAGCAGAUUCACAAUUCUAUUGUUUCAACAUUACUUGCUUUGAUGGAUGGACUUGAUUCUCGUGGACAGGUGGUCCUGAUAGGUGCAACCAAUAGAAUUGAUGCCAUUGACGGGGCUUUGCGUCGCCCUGGGCGUUUUGACCGGGAGUUUGUUUUUCCUUUACCUGGUUAUGAGGCACGUGCUGAAAUAUUGAACAUUCAUACACGCAAAUGGAAGGAACCUCCAUCAAAAGAACUAAAGAUGGAACUUGCAGCUAAUUGUGUGGGAUAUUGUGGAGCGGAUCUGAAAUCUCUAUGCACAGAAGCUGCCAUCCGUGCUUUUCGUGAGAAGUACCCUCAGGUGUAUACUAGCGAUGACAAGUUUGUCAUUGAUGUUGAUUCGAUUAGGGUCGAGAAACAUCACUUCUUAGAGGCCAUGUCUACGAUUACUCCUGCUGCUCAUAGGGGAUCUAUUGUGCACUCCAGGCCUCUGUCUUCAGUUGUUGCUCCAUGUUUGCAGAGACAUCUGCAGAAAAUAAUGGAACACAUAUCCGAUAUUUUUCCUUGCCUUUCAGCUGUAGAUGUCAGCAGGCUGUCUGUUCUUUCGUAUAGCUCUGCACUUCCUCUUGUUUAUAGGCCUCGCCUUCUGAUAUAUGGAGAUGAAAAUGCUGGAUUGGACCAUGUUGGGCCUGCUGUCCUUCAUGAAUUGGAGAAGUUUCCUGUUCACUCGCUUGGGCUUCCAUCUCUUCUAUCUGAUCCUAGUGCAAAGACACCAGAAGAGGCUUUGGUGCAUAUAUUUGGUGAAGCAAGAAGAACUACUCCUUCUAUACUCUACCUACCUCAGUUCCAUAUUUGGUGGGAGACAGCACAUGAACAGCUUAAGGCUGUUUUGAUGUCUCUCUUGGAGGAAUUGCCUUCCAAUCUUCCAAUUUUACUUGUAGGAACAUCGUCAGUGUCCUUGAGCAAAAUGGAUGAAGACUCUACUUCCAUCUUUGCUCUCCGUAAUGUGUAUCAAGUGGAUAAACCGACUGCAGAUGACAGGUCACAAUUUUUGGGGAAACUGGUCGAAGCUGUCUUAUCUAUGCAAGUUGAUGAGUCAACGAAUAAAUUGGAAGAAAUGACAUCUCUUCCUGAACUCCCCAAGGCCCCAAAGGAAGUUAGUGGUCCAAAAGCUUCAGAACUCAAGGCAAAAGCAGAGGCUGAGCAACAUGCCCUUCGUCGGCUGCGGAUGUGUCUCCGGGAUGUUUGCAAUAGGCUUCUCUAUGAUAAGCGAUUCAGUGUGUUUCAUUAUCCAGUCUUGGAUGAGGAUGCACCUGACUAUCGUUCUAUCAUUCAUAAUCCCAUGGAUGUGGCCACUUUGUUACAGCAUGUUGAUUGUGGGCAAUAUCUCACUCUUGCAGCAUUCUUACGAGAUAUUGACCUUAUUGUGGCUAAUGCUAAGGCAUAUAAUGGAGAUGACUACAAUGGAGCCAGAAUUGUUAGCAGAGCUUAUGAGCUUCGAGAUGUGGUGCAAGGUAUGUUGUCACAGAUGGACCCAGCUCUAGUCUCAUUUUGUGACAAAAUUGCAGUGCAAGGUGGUCCGCUGCACUUGGCAGAUGACAUGGAAGAGUUGAAUAUUCCAGCAGCACCUGUUGUUCAACUUGCUUCUGUUACUAGAACAAGUGCCCGACUUCGGAACGUUCAGCCAGAUGUAAAUCUGGCACAAAGUUAUGAAGCAUUGAGGCGGCCAAAGAAAAAUGCCGACCACGACCCAGGCUCUGGCAGGGAUGAAAGAGCUCCUGUCGAAGCUGAUUCCACGACGGUCAGUUCUUAUCCAGGACUCCAAGAUCCUCCCGAUACAAAUGGUCCAUCGGGAGGACCAGAAGACCACUCCAACACUGGACUACCAGAAUCAUCGGAAGUAGCCUCCAGUCCACCGGCAAAUGAAAACAUCGUUGAUGCAGUGAUGACUGAUACUGACAUCUCCAAGCAAAUAGACUCUGUGAAGCAACAUUUCAUGGAGCGAACUGGGGGUUACGGCGUGCCACAGCUUGAGCGGCUCUAUGCCCGAGUAAUUAAAGGCGUGAUGGCGAUCGGAAGUGAACGUAGAGAAGAAGAUCGUAGGCUAUUGGUUUUAGGGCAUCUCUUGAAAUUUGUCGAGGAUGAUGAAAUUUUUUGAAGUAAUAAGCUCCUUUGUUUUUAGCCCUUGUA